AUGGCUGAUUCAACCAACACCCCUCUUUCAUCUAGUGGACCUAAUCAUUCGUCUAGUGAAGAUAAAAAGAGAAUGGUUAGAGGUUGCACUAAGAUGCUUAAAAUUGCCAAAGUUCGGAAAACAGGUGUGAAAUUGAAGAUUGAGUUUGAUCCACAAACUGGGGAUUGUAUUGGUGAAAAUUCAAAUGAGUUUAGGAGUUAUGCAGCAUAUCUUGCUCGAAGUACUUGUAGUAUUUUAAUAGAUGAGUGGCGGUUGGUAGAUGUAGACUCAAAAAAUUCAAUUUGGGAUGAUCUUAAGCUUCAUUUUGAUAUCACAGAAAGUGAUGAUUCAAAUAAGUGUGAUUUGAAGAAAAAAUGGUUGAAGUAUAUGGGGGACCGAUGGAGAGCUUUUAAGACACAACUCACUUCCGAUUAUAUCACUAACCCCAACCCCAAUCGCCUUCCUCCGUAUGAAGUGUAUCCUUAUAUUAAAGAAGAUGUGUGGGAGAAGUUUUUGGAGCAUCGAAAUACCCCUGCAUUUAAGUCAUAUUCAUGUCCUAAAAUUGAUUUGCUUUCUUUUCAUUUCAUUUCUUCAAUUUUCUUAAUUGAAAUGUUUACCAUGAAAAAAGUAAAAAAAUGUAAGGAUAAUGUGGCUAAGAAUCUUUACCCACAUACAUUAUCUCGUGGAGGAUAUGAAUUGCUUGAGAAGAAAAUGAUUAAUGAAAAGAAACAAGAACUAGACGCAUCAGGAGAAUUAGAUCGUAUUCCAUCUCCACCGUCACGUCAUGACAAAUGGAAGAGAGCAAGACAAAGGCGAGGAGGGGAAUACACAUCAGAGGCUACCCGAGUUGUUGCUGAGAAAAUUGAUUCACUGGCUGAAGAGACUGAACAAGGAACCUUUGUUUCACAAGGACGUGACGAUAUCUUGACAAAGGCAAUUGGAACAUCCGAGCAUGGUGGUCGUGUUCGUGGUGUUGGACGAUUUGCUAAUCUAAGCAACUACUUCGGAAGGUCUUCACGUCCAACACAGUCCAUAGAUAUUAAGGAGAUUGAAGCACAACUUGAGGCCAAACUUGAACAAAAACUUGCAGCAAAGAUUAAAGCAGAAUGUAAAGAAGAGUUUGAACAACAGUUGAUCAUGGCGAGUGAGAAGAUGCAAAAAUCUUUUAUGGAGACGCUUAAGACUAUGGGUUUAUCUGAAAUCUCCCCUACAAACCAACAAGGAGAACAAAAUGUUCUUCUGCAUGGAAGCACAAAAGAUUCUUGCACCGCCGCACAAGAAAAUCACAAGGAGGACUCGACCACUGACAAUGUUCAGAGAGUGUUAUUCAUGUUUUUGAAACAGCAACAACAUAUAUGUUUACCAUUACAACAUGAUCUUGCUGUAAAAAACUUUUGGAUUUCACCAAAGUGUAUCAGAGAGUUGUUGGCGGGUGAUGCUUGGCUUGACAUCUCUAUUCUACAAGUUUGGUGCACGUAUAUCCAUCGUCUAUGUGAGGAAAGUAACAAAUCAGAUGUGUUUGGAAUUCUGGACCCAGUAAUCUUCAGUUAUCCAGAUUCCACAAAGUCUAAAAAGAAAGUUCUAACAUACAUACAAGAAAAGUUGCGUGAUUUGGACAAAGUGUGUUACUUAGCACCAUAUCUUGUAUCAGGGCAUUGGCAAUUAAUAAUCAUUUGUCCUAAAGACAAUACUUUAGUUCUCCUUUGUUCAUUACACAAUGAUCUUCAAUCACAAAUGAAGAAUAUUGUUACACAAGCUAUGGCGGUUUAUCAAUUGGCUGAGGGUAAUAAAAAAAAGGACUCAAUGGCUUCGUCCCAAAGCAAGGUUGCAGCCUAAUGGGAAUG